UCCCUUAAGCCAUCUUAAUUUGUUUCCCAUUUCUGAGUUAAUUAUUAAUUGUUGUUACAUUUAUUUAUAGUUUUUUUAUUCAAUUAAUUAUGUUCUUUGAUCAAUUGCUUUUUCUUUUUCUUUUUUUGUGUCUUGAAUUGUGUAGCAUACACCUAGAGUCUAGAGAAGAAGAAUAUUGCUGUCUGCCUUGGGCUCCGUUGCAAGCUUCUGAAUUCGAAAUGGGUUCUGGAGACUGUUUUAGGUCAAUAAUUAGCCUAAGAAGAGUGAAGAAAGAUAGAUCCAAACAAGCAAAGGUGCACUCAACUACUGAUAAAUCAAAUGGUUCCAAGAGCAAGAAUCAGUCUCAUACAGAGUCAAGUAGUUCUUCCAAUGGUGGUCCAAAUGAAAUUCCAAAUGCUCCACCAGUUCCAAUUAAAAAUAUAGCUGCCACUCGGAUUCAAGCUGCAUUUCGGGCAUAUAUGGCAAGAAAAAUGUUACAGGCAAGAAAAAUGUUAUGCCAUCAACAAUCAAAAAAUGAAACAUUAUGCCAUCCGAUGGGGACAGUGAGAUUUCAGGGCUUCAUUCAAGAUCAAAAUGUCAGAGAGCAAGCAUCAACUGCAUUGAAUUAUAUACAUUCAUGGAGUAGAAUACAAGACCAAAUCAGAGCUCGCCGACUCCAUAUGGUCACAGAAGGUCGAAUUAGGCAAAAGAAAUUGGAAAAUCAGUUAAAGCUUGAAGCUAAGCUCCAUGAGCUCGAGGUGGAAUGGUGUGGUGGCUCUGAAACCAUGGAGGAAAUCCUUUCCAGGUUACAACAGCGAGAAGAAGCCGCUAUUAAGCGUGAGCGAACCAUGGCAUAUGCCUUCUCUCAUCAGUGGAGGGCCAACUCUAGCCAAUAUCUAGGCCAGGCUUCAUACAAUCUUGGCAAGGAAAACUGGGGUUGGAGCUGGAUGGAGCGCUGGAUAGCUGCUCGCCCUUGGGAGAUCCGGGUUCAUGUACAUUCUCCUGAAUCGAAGAAAGUGCAAACCAAGCAGAGCAAAUUAUAUAAAAUGGGAAAUCAGCCAGAGAAGAAAUUAACAGUUUCAUUCAAACCUGCUUUAUCAAAUGGGAAGGGAACCACAAAAGUGAAAAACUUGGUCUACCCAGCUGCUGAAAAAUAAGCUGCCUAAGAAUCAUCUUUAUGUUGGCUUAAAAUUGAAGACAUACCCAGCUCAAAGAUUUUAGCUUUACCAAUUUCUGUCAUGAAUUUAUUGUGGUUGUUUUAUAUCUUGGUUUAUUAAUUUGCCCAUUUGGAUUUGGUAUGAAUCUGUCCUUGUGUGUAAAUAAGAUAACUGACAUUAUAUUAUUGUUGGAUUGUCAGUAAUAUAAUUAUACACAUUGUACAUAUAUAUUAAAAUGCGUGUUUAUCU